UUUACCAAUCGUUUACGUUUAAAAAGUCGCUUAGUCAGUAUGAUUGCAUACCGUACAUUCCUGGGUAUGAACUUUUGUUUUCUUAUGCGUCAUCUUAUCGUAACAAGCUCCUGCGCUUACUGUUUUAUGACUUGGAGAUGUGUGAUAAAAGAAAAAAAAAAGAUAAGGAUUGCAACGUGUGCGUUGGCUAUUCCCUGACCCAGUGACGUUUUAUGAUUUCAGUACCUCUUACGCUUUCCGAUCCCACUAGUUGACUGUUUUUUAAGUUGAAAUUCAGUCUUGAGUAUUUUUGUUUCAAAUCGCAUUUCAAGUUCGACUGAGAGAUUCAUAGGCACAAAUAUUCGCUUACGUUUCUCUUUUACUCAAAAACUAAAGUGACUAAGACGUUUUUCUAACAAUUCCCGUUACAAUAUUUGAUUUUUUGAUCUAACAAUCCCGUACGUUGCCUUGGUGACUCCUAGGCUGCCCACUUUAGUGUUUUGUUCGCACAAAUUUCUACCGCCUGUUCGUACCGGGGGAAAGCACCAUCGAUGUCGUUGGUAUUUUGGUAAAAUUCCAUACGUUUUAAAACGAGUUUUGACAUGAAGCGGAAUAAGCAACUACGUGAAGUGGCCGACAUACGAGACAAUCAGGUACACAUAACAAGCAUUUCCUUUAAUAUGGAAUCGGAAUUCCAUAAUGAAAUCGAAAACAAACACGAUUCGAUGAGAGGCCCAAUCGAAAGGCAGAGUUCACGUACCAAAAAACAGCUAACUUACAGUGUGAUCGAAGAACCUUUGGAACUCACCUCAUUUCCUUUGGGGUUGAUGGAAGAUGAUGACUCAUUAGUCAGAUCCGUGACUUCUGUUCGCCAGCGAAAUGAAACCGAACGAAUUUUCUUAUCAUCGCAUAGGCCUUUAGCAGAAUUACGAACAAAUAACAUUUCUGCAAAUGGUCUGCCAGAUAUACCCGAAUUCUCUUCAACCAACGACUUGACUCCAUUAAGCAUUGCUGCUUUCAAGGAUGAGAAAUCUCAGAGAAUCAUAUGGUUAGAUAACGCAAGUCUCAUGGCAAUGAGUCUUGCACUCAGUAACAUCUGGAGAUUACCAACAUUUGUGUACUUUAAUUAUUCUGUCUUUGCAGGGGAAGCAUUUAUUGCCUAUAUAAUACUGAUGGUCUUUGUCGGGUUACCCUUAUUUGUAUUGGAGCUAUCAUUGGGUCAGUUUGGACAAACUGGAGUCAUCCAGUUAUGGAGAGCUGUCCCUUUUUUUAAAGGCAUAGGUAUUGCGCAAGUGAUAGCUGGUAUUUAUCAGGCUUGUUAUUUCCCUACGCUCGCAACGUGGGCUUUUCAAUUUGGUAUUGUCGGAUUUAGCGGCUGGAGUGGCUGUGAACUAUCGUCCAGUCAAAAUCUCACCACUUGUUUGUGCCAGGAUCCUCAAAGUAGCAAUUGUACUUCAUAUGGGGUGAUUUCUGAAGAAGAAUUCUGUUUCGAGAAUCGCGUCCUGUACAAAUAUCAAGACCUAAUGAACUUUAAGAUGCUGCCCAUGCUUGCAGCUGUGUUGAUAAUAGUUGCUCUAAGUAUUUGUUUCGGGGCCAAGGUGAUGAAAAUUAUCCUGUCACUGUCUGGAAUCAUCUCUGCUAUUCUACUUGGUGUGGUGAUGGCUUUAGCUUUAUCUCACCCAAACAAUUUACUCUCGAAUGUAAACAACACUGCACAAAGGGGAAUUAACUUGCUUGUCCCUCACGAGCUAUGGGGCUUUGGGCGCGGAGAGGUUUGGUAUGGCGCUAUGGUACAGGUCUUAUUUUCAUUGGCGAUAGGUUUCGGCACUCUGCCUACGCUAACAUCUUCUAGCUAUUUCAACAGAAACAUUGUCCGAGAUGGAAUUUUAAUUUGGUUAAUUAACCUAUUCUUUGCCAUUAUCUCCGUAAUUACGGCAUUUGCAUGGAUUGGAAUUUCUGGACUUGAUGGAAAUGAUGUAGCCCAACCCAACGCCUUCAUAUACUCUGUGUACUAUAACGUUUCCGAUUCGUUAUGGGCUGGACUCACUUUUGGACUCAUCUUUCUUGCUGGAAUCAAUAGCAUGCUACCCUUGUCGUAUGCAAUUUUCCAGAAUGUGUACGAGAAUUUUCCGGCACUUAAAGAACACCAUCGAAAGUUGACUUACUGCUUGGUGUUUUUGGCCAUCUGGCUUGUAAAUGUUCCUGGUCUUAUUCCGGCUGGAAAUGAAAUUUUAACGAUGUGGGAUCAUUACGCAGCAGGAGGCACUGUACUUACUUGUUUAAUUGUUCAUUUAAUCGGUUGGAUGUGGGUCUAUGGCAGGGAAAAUGUGAAGAAGAAUCUGGAAUUUAUGCUCAGCCGACCUAUAAACUUUUUUUGGAACGUAUCGUGGAGCUAUGUUACUAUCGUCCUUCUUCUCGUCGCAGAACUUUGGGGUUUCUUGGGCGUGCCGUUGGACGGAACUGUGGAUUGCCAUUAUCCCAUAUGGUUGGUAGCCACUGGGUGGUCUCUCUAUUUUCUAGCUUUGGUGGUAGCGAUCAUCUUCAUGAUUAGAGUAGUGGUUCACGAGACCGAAUAUGAGCUGAUAAAAAAGUUGGUUAAUUCGAUGAAACCCGACAGAAACUGGGGCCCAGUUGAUCCCCUUCUUCAUUUCCAUUGGAAAAGAUCUAUUGAACAAGAAUCUGGGCCAGUGUCAUAUUCUUUGAAUACCAUUUCGCGGAGGCUGAAAGACGAAAGUCCUACACUAGAUAUCUCUAACAGCGAUCAUAAUGCCACUCCCAAAAACCGGCGCCCGAGUAUUACAAUGGUUCGUAUGCCUAACUAUGCAAGGCACUACGAUGAAUUGGGCGGCACGAUUGCAUAGUAAAGUUUAAUUUUAUAACUGUUUGCUGUUUUCAUGUUGAAAGCUUUCAGAUUUCUUGCUUAUCUUGUUAAAAAAAAAUAUCGCGCCCCCAAUACAAAUUUAUGUUUGUA